AUGAGCAGUCGGUUUGUAGCCUUGAUACGAACUCAUCACAUCACAUCUCGUAAAAAGGUUGCCACGCUCAAAAAGGCAGCAGACAAACUUGAAUGUCACGUCCUUCUAAGGAGCGGGAGCUACCCAGGGAUGAUGUACUGCGAGGGCACUGAGGAACGCGUGAGUGAGUGGAUAGCAACGGUGAAGCGAUUACGAUACAAGGACUACAGACUGAUGGCUCGACCGCAAGACAGCGCUAUGGUCGAGGAUUGUUCGCAACCUAAGAAUACCAGUGGUCUUGAGGAAGUUGCCUCUGUGAGUGAAUUUGGUUCGCGCAUGGAAAGGAAUGGCCUCAGAGAGUGGUAUCGCAAGGCCAUGGGCUAUGUUCAGGACGACGAGUAG